CACCAUUCCAGUUUCGGUGAUGGAAGUAAAUAAUACUCUUUGAGCUAUUCCCUCGCAGGAGCAUCGAAGUAAACCUUUUCUCAGGGCCCAUACCAUCGGAAAUCGGAAAGUUGGUCAAGUUAGAAAAGCUUAUUUUAUCAUCAAAUUUAUUCAACGGGGAAUUGCCACAAGCACUAGAAAAGUUGAUAAACUUGCUUGACAUGAGGAUAACUGAUAACAACUUGUCUGGAAAGAUACCUGAUUUCAUUGGAAACUGGACGCAGAUUUCAAAAUUGCUAAUUCAAGGUUGCUCUCUUCAGGGUCCUAUACCUUCUAGUAUAUCAGCCCUAACAAGUUUGGUUGAUUUGAGGAUAACGGACUUAAAAGGUCGAGGGUCAAAGUUCCCGCCUUUGAGUAAAAUGGCUUCCUUGAAAACACUUGACCUCAGCUAUAAUGAGUUGACCGGCAAAUUACCAGCAUCGUUCGACCAACUGACAAAAGUUGAUUUCAUAUAUUUAACAGCAAACAAGCUUACUGGAACUAUACCUGAAUGGGUGUUGAAACGAAUAAAGACAGUGGAUUUCUCUUACAACAACUUCACUUUGGAAAGCUCAAGCUCAAUUCCUACCGAUUGUGAUAGAGGGAGUGUAAAUUUGGUAGAGAGCUAUUCCUCUUCGGCUGAUAAUAUAGUUAGAGGCAAGACAUGCUUGAAAAGAAAUUAUCCAUGUCCUGCUUCAACACCAAAUCGUUACUCCUUACAUGUUAAUUGUGGUGGAAGGGAGAUGACUUUAGGUGGGAUUAAGUAUGAAGCUGAUACAGAACAAAAAGGUGCUUCAUUCUAUUAUGCGUCCCAGGAUAAGAAUUGGGCCUUUAGCAGCACAAGAAACUUCAUGGAUAAUGACGUUGAUGCAGAUAUCUAUAUCAAAUCCAAUACAUCUGCACUUUCCAAUGUGUCAGUUAUCGAGUCAGAACUGUACACAACAGCACGCGCAUCUGCCAUUUCUCUUACCUAUUAUGGACUUUGUCUCAUGAAUGGAAACUAUACCAUCAAACUCCACUUUGCUGAGAUUAUAUUUACUAAUGACAAUUCUUUUAGCAGUCUUGGGGAGCGUGUCUUCGAUGUGUACAUUCAGGAUAAACGAGUUCUAAAAGACUUCAAUAUAGAAAAGGAAGCUGGUGGUACUGGUAAGCGCAUCAUAAAGACAUUCACUUCAGUGGUUUCAAGUAAUACACUCAAGAUCCACUUUUACUGGGCUGGAAAAGGAACUACUGGCAUCCCAGAUAGAGGAUUUUAUGGUCCUCUCAUAUCAGCUAUAUCAGUGGAUCCUAACUUUGAAGUUCCUGUAGGUGAUAGUAAAAAGAAGAAAGCCACAAUAUCAAUUGGAAUAUCAACUGCAGCUCUUCUGCUUUUGCUUUUGGUCUUAGGUAUCAUGUGGGAAAGGGCUUACAUAGGAGGAAAGAUCGCUACUGGUAAAGAGCUCAGAGGCAUGGAUUUGCAAACAGGGUUAUUUACUUUAAAACAAAUAAAAGUUGCGACAAGAAACUUCAAUGCAGAUUACAAACUUGGUGAGGGCGGCUUUGGAUCAGUCUAUAAGGGUCUUUUAGCAGACGGCACAGUAAUUGCAGUGAAGCAGCUAUCCUCGAAAUCAAAGCAAGGAAAUCGAGAAUUCGUAAAUGAGAUAGGAAUGAUUUCUGCAUUGCAACAUCCAAACCUUGUGAAGCUAUACGGAUGUUGUGUUGAAGGAAACCAGAUGUUGUUAAUUUAUGAGUACAUGGAGAAUAACUGUGUAUCGCGUGCUCUUUUCGCAAGAGACCCUACUUGCAGAUUGAAGUUAGAUUGGCCUACUAGGAAGAACAUUUGCCUAGGUAUUGCUAGAGGUUUGGCCUAUCUACAUGAAGAAUCCGGAAUAAAAAUAGUGCAUUGAAUUCGUGAUAUCAAGACAAGCAAUGUGUUGCUGGAUAAGAAUUUCAACGCUAAGAUCUCAGAUUUUGGCUUAGCGAAGCUUAAUGAGGAUGGCGACACCCACAUUAGCACUCGGAUUGCUGGAACCAUUGGUUAUAUGGCUCCUGAGUAUGCUAUGCGUGGCUACUUAACUGCAAAAGCAGAUGUCUAUAGCUUUGGAGUUGUUGCACUAGAAAUUGUUAGUGGAAAGAGCAAUACAAACUAUAGGCCAAAGGAGGAAUUUGUCUACCUUCUUGACUGGGCUUAUGUUCUGCAAGAGAGGGGGAGUCUAUUGGAGUUGGUUGAUCCAGCCUUGGGUUCAGAUUAUUCAUCAGAGGAGACAAUGGUGAUGCUAAAUGUUGCUCUCCUCUGCACCAAUGCCUCUCCUACUCUAAGGCCUAAGAUGUCCGAAGUUGUGAGCAUGCUUGAAGGAAGAACAGAAGUCCAAGACCUUCUUUCUGAUCCUGGCUUCUCAGCCGUUAACUCCAAGUACAAGGCCAUCAGAAAUCACUUCUGGCUGAAUCCAAGCCCUACUCAGAGCAUGUCAAUUAACGGUCCAUGUACCGAUACCUCUGGCUCAUGUAUUGAAUCAGAAGAGAGUGGUCAUCUUUUAUGCCAGAGUUCAAUUAAACCUGAUGGUUACAUUGUAUAAUAUCUAAGAGUCGAGAGCCUUUUGUAUAGU